AUGGACUAUAUAAAAGAUAAAGUGAAGAAUCUUAAAGAACGGAUAUCCGAGAUGUAUACACAAAUUGGGGCAAAAGCAGAGGAGUUUGACCUAUUGCUGAGUCAAAUAAAGGAAAUAAGAGAGGAAUAUACGACUCUAGCUGCAUUACCCUUCUUUUCCGAAUAUCUGAAUGUUUAUACAACCACAACUCAAUACAUUGACAUUGAAUCGAAAAGGUCCUUGAUAAACGAUGCAUCCUCUAUUCAGGAAAUGAGCACUUAUAUAGAAAAUUUAAAAUCGGACGUGGAAAAUGCCAACGAAAUAAUUCAGUCGCUGCUCCCUCUUCGUGUGAGUCUCGAACAAUCGACUCUUCACGUUCCUGAGAUUCAAAGUCGCUUAGAACAGUUGGAGUCUCGGAUGAGUCUCAUAGAAUUAAAGGUAACGCAAUUUCAUGAAGAAACGUGCGCUUUAGUGUCAAACUAUGCGGACUUGAUAACUCGAAUCAAUGAAUUAAUAUUAAAUUCCAAAACAUCUUUGAGUGUUUGUAUCCAAUAA